GCCAGGAGCCCCGUUCGUAGCGUCCGAUCGCUCCUUGUCCGCUUGCGUGCCGAUUCACCAAUCAAGUGCCAUGGCCUGAUGUGCGUGGCUGUGCCGGUCCCCGGCACUCUCUACCGGACGGUGCACCACCCGCGGGUCGCCAUCCGAGCGAAGCCAUCGACUUCAGCAGAGAUCGUCCAUGUUCUGUCCGCGGGCGAAGUGUUUCGAGUGGCGGAAGAAGUCGAUGGCUGGCUGCGCUUGGCCGCAGACGAGGCUUGGGCUCGGUCCAUCGCGGCUGGCUUCGUGCUGCUGGAUGGAAAAGCCCUGGGCCUCGGGAAGCUGGUCGAAAAGUUGGAGAAGAAUGAUGAGGAACUGUGGCCAUUCACACCGGCGCUACGGCGAGCAGCGGCCUUGGGUGUUCCGUUCACACAGGAGGGCGAACUGCGGCCGAUGGAUGGAAAGAAACUGGAGGACAUUUGGUUAAGUUUCUGGCACACUCCAAGCUUGACGUGGGCUCCUUCCAGCGAGUCAGGUCCCAAGCCCACGGCGCGUUCGCCACAGCUGGCAGUGGCUUGCCUGCUGCGCGGAGUUGGAGCCUCCGUGGUGAAGAGCUUUGCGCUUUAUCAUCUUCGUAUUGGUUUCCAACGGGUGCUCCUCUUCUUCGAUGCGCCAGAUGACCCAUCCGAACUCGAAGCCAUUGAGGUGGCCGAAGGCCUCUCAGGUCUUGGAGUCCAGGUGCGGCGCUGCACCGAGACCUGGUGGCAGCAAGCGCUGCAGAGCUCGCGCUUCUGGGAACGGCGGCCGAGCGGAGGAAUCUUCGCCGAAAUGGUGGAGCUUUGGGAGCUGGGUGACGUCCAAAGUCGGCAAUGCCUGGCCAUGGAAGCAGCGCUCCGAGACGUGGAGGGCUUUGACUGGCUGCUCCACAUCGAUGCUGACGAAGCCUUGCUGCUUCCGAAGCAUUCAGAUGCAUGCAGCUUCUUUCAAGAGCUGCCUCCCGAGAUUGAGCAAGUCGUCUUCAACAAUUUGGAAGCACUUCCCGAGUCCUUUGAGAUCACGAAUUGGUUUGAAGAAGUCACGCUCUUCAAAGUCCAUCAGAAUUUACUGAGCGAGUCCAAAAGCGAGAAGCUCCACAAACCCGGGGAGCGCUACUUGGAGAAGCUCGAGAAAUGGCGACAGCGACAAUUGGCCAAAGGCACCGAUCCUGAAGAUGUGAAGACCAACCGGAGCUUCGAUAUGGCCUUGCUUCCAGUGAGGUUGGCCAGACGGAAAGUGGUCCAGCAGCUGAAACUGGAUUUGCCACCCUUGGAUUUAGAGGAUCAAGAGCCCAUUGACUCCGAUGAGGAGCCAUCAGAGAAGCGCCAACAGCGACAUGAAGAUCUUCCGUGCUUUUUCACCGCUUAUGGCAAUGGCAAGGCGGCGUGCCGGGUGCGGUCGCCGCGGCCCUUGCCCAUCGGUGUGCAUCGCUUCGCGUCGGAGUCCAAUGCCAGGCUCAAGAGUUUGCGCUGCAGCGACGAGGGUGCGCCCGUCAUUCUCCACUAUGCCAACUGUGGCUAUCAAUCCUGGCUUCGGAAGUACAAGAUCCUCGCUGAUGGCCAUCAAACAGAGGAUGGAGGCUUCUCAGUGGAGCGGAAGGGUAUCCGCUCCAUGCGUGCUCAUUUGGCCCACCGAGAGCUGCUGAAACGGCGGAGCGCUGAAGAUUUGGAACUGUACUACCGGACCUACAUCAUGGGAAACGAAUUUGGUGAGCUACCGCACUUUGCUUGCCAUGGGAUGCUCGUGCGGACGCAUACUGUACAGGAAGUGCUCCAAAAAAGAAAAAAGAAUCUUCCUGCUGAUUCACCAGGAGGUUUUGGCUCACCUUUGCCAAAGGAAGAGAGGCUUUUGCCUUCCCUUUAG